UCUAAAUUGGGAAAACUCCCCUUGCGCCCCAGGCGGUCAGCUUUUGCCGCCAGCUGCUGAGAGCGUUGUAACAGGUCGCACAGGGCGGAGGUCUGAGUCCGGGAGGAGGAGCUCGGCCAGGUGGCCUCCAAAGACUCGUCUCUCCUCCCUGUCCUACAGCGGUGACGGCGGCCUGGGGAACGCCGGCUGCGCUCUGCGCCGGGCACGUACCCCGAGCGCCCCUUCGCGGAUCCUAGACGCCUCCUCUGCGCGCUGGUGUCACCCGGGCGCCGUGAAGAACCAGGCUCCAACUGUCGCCAGGAUCCAAACAGCGUCAGCGACGCCGGGCCAAGCCGCCGCGGCGACUAGGAGACAACUCGGUUCCCGCCCAAGGCCUGGUGGAACAUGUUUUCGGGGACGCAGUUUGCAUGACAGUUGCUAGACUAUGUUUCCACUUCUGAUCGCACUCAGCCAGCUGACCAGACUUACCCUCGCGGUUCCUCAUUGGACAAAAAGCCUAAAGGAUUCCGAACAUGUCCGAGAAGAAGUCUUUGCAUCAAAAGAAGCAGCAAACGUCUUCAUGCACCGCCGCCUCCUGUACAACAGGUUUGAUUUAGAGCUCUUCACUCCCGGGGACCUGGAGAGAGAAUGCUACGAGGAGUUUUGCAGUUAUGAAGAAGCGAAAGAGAUCUUCAGAGAUGAUGAGAAAACGAUUACAUUUUGGCGGGACUAUUCGCUGAAAGGACCGACCACACGAUCAGAUGCUAACAAAGAAAAGAUAGAUGUUAUGGGCCUUCUGACUGGACUCAUUGCUGCUGGAGUAUUCCUGGUUAUUUUUGGCCUAUUUGGUUACUAUUUGUGCAUCACCAAGUGUAAUAGGCAGUCAUAUCUGGGUUCCUCAGCUGUCUACACAAGAAGGACCAGACACAUACCCUCCAUCAUCUUCAGAAGCCCUGAGGAGGUUGUCUUGCCUUCAUCGCCACCUUCAGAGGACAUAGGGCUACCUUCCUAUGAACAGGCAGUAGCACUGACCAGAAAGCACAGCGUCUCACCACCGCCUCCAUAUCCUGGGCCAGCCAAAGGAUUUAGGGUAUUUAAAAAGUCUAUGUCACUCCCAUCUCACUAAGCCCACCUUGCCGCCUUUCUGUAAGACAUUCAUGUGGUUUGAAUGAUUUGUUCUCCCCGAAACAAAAAAUGACUUGCCUGUUCAGCUUUCUAUGACAAACUGCAAGGGAUAAAGAAGCAAUACUGAACAGAACUCACCACAGUUCUGCUUCUGGCUCGGACUGGAACUGGAUCUCUAUCAUCUUGGUAAGAGACUUCAGCUCCAUUUCCUUGAAGUGAAGAAAAGAGUGCCGUUUUGCAAUGUACGUUGUACUGAUUCAUAAAUCUUUGUUAUAGCUG